GGGAUAACUAUCUAACUAAAGAAGGCUUAUGAGCGGCAGAAUGUCCAGGCCGCCUGAAAAAGUAGGUAGGUACACGGGUAAUGGUCCUGGUCCAAGGAGUCCGCCCUUCGUUACCUAGGAUGACAUACCGUCCUCAUUCGUUGCGAUAUAUCAAAUAUAUCAAAUACAUCAAACAUACCACCUAAACAUUUUAUCUGAUCUGACGACACUCACUCGGCACACUCUGCUGUUACACAAUAAAUACCUUUCGACCUUUGGGACGUUUCGAAUAUACUCAUUUAUUGGUCUUGGCCUGGAGUUAGAGCGUCGUAGAUUGUCGAUAUGUCGGACUAUAGGGACUUAAGGAUAUCCGUUAUUGGCGCGGGUAUGGGCGGCCUUGCUUGCGCCCUCGCCUUCGCUAAGAAAGGGUUCAAGCAUGUCGAUGUAUACGAGACAGCCUCGAACCUGGGGUUCGUCGGCGCGGGUAUUCAACUGGCUCCGAAUAUGGCCCGCGUGCUGGAUCGCUGGGGUUGCUGGGACGGCAUCUUAGCUGAAGCUACCAACAUCAAAGCCUCCAGUAUCCGUGAAGGAUCCACGAAUCGCGAGCUCGUUCAUGUCGAGAUGCCCGACAUCGAGGAAAAGUACGGAUAUCCCCACUGUACCGGACACCGAGCGUCUCUAGCCGGCGGCUUAUACGAGGGAUGUAAGAAGGAACCCAACAUCACUUUCCAUUUCUCGACCUCGCUGGCCGAUGUGAAGUCCUUCGGCCCUGGUAAAGUCGUAUUCACGGUACAGCCGCGUAACGGCGAGGCGUACGAUGUAGAGACCGACGUCCUUCUCGGCGCAGACGGUAUAAAAUCCGUCGUGCGAACCGGAAUAUUGAAGGGCCUAAACAUCACGGCUGACGUCGAGGACACGGGGCAAGCCGCGUACCGAAUUAUGUUGACGCGGGCCGAGAUGGAGCACGACCCAGAUCUCCUCGAGCUGUUGGACGCUGACUGUGCGCUGCGAUGGAUCGGCGAGAAACGACAUAUCGUGGCGUACCCUAUUAGCAACAAGACCAUCUACAACUUGUCGACAUGCCAGCCUGACGUCAACUUCGCCGCGGCGACUAACGCCACGUACACGACGCGUGGAAGCAAGCCCGCCAUGCUUAAGGUGUAUGGCGACUUAGAUCCCAUCGUCCUCAAGAUGCUUAAUAUGGUGCCUGAGGGUGAGGUCUGCGAGUGGAGACUGCGCUCACACAAGCCGCUCGAUAGCUGGAUUCUGGGAGGUGUUGCCCUUGUCGGUGACGCCUGCCAUCCAACGCUGCCACACCUUAGUCAGGGUGCUGCGAUGGCUAUCGAAGAUGCUGCCGUGCUAGCGGAGGUUGUAAGUCAGGCGCCUAGCGGUGGCGCCGAUAGGGAUGCCCUAUCUAAGGCGCUUAAGGUCUACGAGCUCCUGAGAAAGGAGCGGACAUCGAUACUAGUAGAGUUGGCGGCUUCUUCGGCGCGAACGCUACAUCUAGGCGACGGCAAAGCGAAGGAAGAACGCGACAGACAGUUCAAGGAGGCCAAAAAGGGGACUCCGAUUCCAGAUAAGUGGGCCAGUCCCGAGGUGCAGCAUAUGAUCUACUCGUAUGACUGCGUGGCGGAAGCCCAGGAGAAGUUCGACGAGUUGUACGCUACGCUUACGGGUGAUAUAAAUGGUCAUACGAACGGCGCAAACGGCUUUGCGAAUGGACAUGCCCAGGGCAUUGCUGUAUAGAGGAUUUUUAGCAUGUUUCAACACAUUGUACAAGAGACGGAUGUGAUAUUUAGCAAGCAAGUAAUCAAGCGGGCAGAAGCAGUAAUCACAUGAAAUUGAGAUUACAAG